AUGACUGCCCUUAUUGUCACAGCUGUUGUGUUGGUUCUAUCAAUAAUCAUCGGUCUCCUUGUGUAUUUUUUGGCAUUUGAUCAGAAAUAUUACUAUUACCAAACCUCCUUCCAGAUCCCCAGUAUUGAAUAUAAUCCUGAAUUUUCAGUUGAACACUCAAAAAUUAGAACAGACCUGAAACAAAAAGUCAAUAAUGAGAUAGAUAAGAUAUUUCGAAGAUCCAGUUUAAAUCAUUAUUACAUCAAGUCUCAUGUUGUCACUCUCAGGUCAAGUAAUGAUGGUUUGAAAACAGAUGUAUUGCUUAAAUUUCAGUUUGUUUCUAACAAUGCAGACACAAUAAAAAGGCAAGCUGACAACAUUUUGCAUCAGAAGCUGAUAUUAAAUGACAGCUUCUUGAAGACAGAUACUUCAUUACCUCAUCUUAGAGGUUGUGGUAGAGGGAGAGAGUUUCCAUCCAUGGAACGAAUUGCUGAAGGUUAUCCUGCAAAAAGAGCUGAUUGGCCAUGGCAAGCCAGCCUGCAAAUGGACGGCAUCCAUUUCUGUGGCGCGUCUUUGAUCAGUGAGGAGUGGCUCCUGACUGCUGCUCACUGCUUUGACAUUUACAAAAACCCCAAACUCUGGAUGGCUAGUUUUGGAACAACUCUCAGCCCUCCUCUGAUGAGAAGAAAGAUACAAUCAAUUAUCAUUCACAACAACUAUGCUACCCAUAAGCAUGAUGACGACAUUGCUGUGGUGAAGCUUUCCACCCCCGUCCUCUUUUCCAAUGAUGUGGGCAGAGUCUGUCUCCCAGAUGAUACUUUUGAAGUCUUGCCUCAGAGUCCAGUGUUUGUCACUGGAUGGGGAGCAUUAAAAGCUAAUGGUCCUUUUCCCAAUACUCUGCGACAAGUUGAAGUUGAGAUCAUAAGUAAUGAUGUAUGUAAUCAAGUUCAUGUAUAUGGUGGUGCUGUAUCAUCAGGAAUGAUAUGUGCUGGAUUCUUGACAGGAAAGCGAGAUGCCUGUGAGGGUGAUUCUGGAGGACCUCUGGUUAUAGCACAUGAUAGAAACUGGUAUCUUAUUGGGAUAGUAAGCUGGGGAAUAGACUGUGGAAAAGAAAACAAGCCUGGACUUUACACCAAAGUGACUUGUUAUCGGGACUGGAUUAAAUCUAAAACCAACAUCUAA